AUGAAUUCCGUAAAUUCGACUAUGACAAAAAGACCGUAUGAUAUGUGCCCGCUGGUAAUGAAUCUUAACUUUAUUAAAUUAUUUUACUAUUUAUAACUUUAAAAAAAAAUACCCUGAAUAGGAAAUCUGUGACACAAAUGAAAUGCAAAUGAAAGCGACCUUUGAGAAUUAUUAUCUCGAUCAUAUGAGCAAUUUGAAUAUUAAAUCAAAUCCGUCGAAAAAUACAUUGACUACUUUAGCUUGUGGCGUUCGUAAGUAUAAAUAUAAAUAUAUACAUAAUUAAUUAAUUGGUUUGAUUUUUUAUUAUUAUUAUUAUUAUUAUUAUUACUGCAGGAUCGAACGUGACCAAAGAUGUAAUAGAAGAACUCUGCGAGAGAGGGGUGUCAAUGGUUUUAUUCGAUUUUAACAAAUUACUUUACGUUCAAAGAAGGAAAAUGGUUUUGGAGAUUCGUCAAGGGGUUUUUAAUUACAGUUUUAGGACCAAUAGGGUUCCAUAUUCUUUAUCUUUAGUUCUAUGUCUCAAUGGAACGUCCAUCAUGACAGGGAACAUUUUGAACAAAAAAGUAAGUGAUUAAAAAUAAUAGUACCUAUGAUAAUAAAGUGUUCCACAAAGAUAGAUAGAACAUUUUUCAGCACGAGAAAUAUAGAUUGAAGAAAAAAUUUCCGGAUUACUAAAAGUUAAAACUUUACAUUUAUACACUAGCUGAAUUACUCGGCUUCUCCCAUGUGUGUAAAAACUUGCUAUAUUACCCUCGACUUCACUCGUGUACAAUGGCGUUUUUUAUAAAACAUCAAUGGGGCUUCUUGAUGAGUUUCUAUAUCAAAACAAAACUACUGACCAAAUUUCAUACCCAUAGAUUUAGUGAUUUCGACAAGGCGUUAUUGAAUCAGUCAGAAUAUGUUAUUUUAUGUUCAUAGGUAUAUAGACAUUAGUAAGAUGUGGGCUUCCAAGCCCUCCCCUCAAUUUACCUUAAAUUCCCUAAUCAACGCUCAUUCAAAUUUCAUCAGCCAUUGCAAUUUUUAAAUACUAUAUUAUUAUACUUAUUAUGUAAAAAAAUGAAGUACUAAUUUUAAAACAGAGUUUUAAGCACUCAGCUUCUUGUUAUAACUAUAUGCCAAAAAUAUAACAUUAUUUUUACAUUAAAUAUUUAUAAAAUUUCGCUUUUAACUAUAUAAUUCUGUCUUAGUAGAUUUUACCAUAAACCAAAAUCGUUCAUUCUAAAGUAUUUUAUUUUUUGAGGUAAAUAAUUAAUUUGUGUAUUUGAUAAGAACUGAAUUCAUUUUAGUUUAAUUUAAUUAUAAAUUACUGAGAAAGUUUACGGCAUUAACGGUUUCACUAUUUUCUAAAAUUUCGAUGAUUUUUUGUGUAUUCCUAAUUAUUUAAUAUUUUCGAGGUUUUUUUUUUUAGUUUUGGUUUAAUUUUAUGUAGAUAAAAUAUAUUAGUUGGCUUAACAGAAAUGCCUGAAUUUUUAACAUGUGGUUAUAAGUAUUAUAAGUUUUACUGUAUAGAUAAAAAAAAUUGAACUUAAUGUAGUAGUAUUUUAGUUUAAAAUUUUGACGAAAACUGUAAGAAUUAUGGCUUUUCAAAACACGUUUAACUUUGCACAUAGAUGUAAAUUAAAUAAACAUACUUAGUUUCCUACCUUUUCCACUUCCCGCCUUAAACAGCGGCACGCCCAUAAGUAGACAUAGUAUCAGCUAUUUUUUUUUGAAUUUCUAUAAAGGGCAAUCUUCAGGAGCAAAUGAUAGAACUACCGACUAACGGUCAUGUUUAUGUGACACACGACCCCGAGUAUAAGGAUAAGUGUACGGCAGACCGAAUUUACACGGACACUAAACAAAUUCUCCGGCUUAAAGAAAAUGAUCCUAUAUAUUUGGAUGACGGAAAAAUCGAAUUAGCCGUAGAAAAAGUCGGUAAAGUAUCUAAUUAAGUAAAUUAUCUAUAGAUUUUCGUACUAAAAACCGGGCAUAAAUAAGUUUAUAGUAUUCAUAUUUCUAUUUACUGUGUUUUAUUUUUUUUUGUCAUAACCAAAGAAUUUGUUAUUGGUAUUUGAGGAAAACUAUUUGGUUUUUUCUAGAAACGGACGAGGUAUAUUGCUUAAUCAAACGAGGAGAGUUUUUGGGGUCGCAAAAAACCGUGCACAUACCGGGAAUACCAAUCGGCGUGACGGCACUAACCGAACAAGACGAGGAAGAUGUCCGUAUUGGAAUCCAGCUUAAAGUCGACGUGAUCUUGGUUCCCGGUGUCAGGAACGCAGCGUAUUUCACUCAGGUCAAAAAUUUUGUUUGUAAGUGUCCUGUACUUGCUAUUGAUUAUUUUAUAGAUAAAUAUAACAUGACGUUUUGUCUAAAGGCCAAGAGAAGGGCAAGGAUAUCAACCUGUACGCGAAAAUUGACAACAGUGUAGGACUUGAGAACAUCGACCAAAUAAUACAGAUUGCCGACGGCAUAUUCUUAGAUCGGCCCAAUUUGUCCAUGGAAAUCGGUGUCGAUAAUAUAUUUCUAGCACAAAAGAUUGUCUUGUCCAAAUGUAACAUAGUAAGUCUUUCUGUAUUAACGUGUAAUAGUAAGUGCCCGGUCAUCAGUAAAAAUCAUAGGCAAAUGAUGGGUUUUACUACAGUUGAUCAAAUCAUACAUGAUUAAACGUAAGUUAGUAAAAGCUGCAAAUAAACGAAUUAAAUGUUAUCGAAAUAUUUUUAUUUUUUAAAUAUAUCGUUAAAUUGGAUUAUUUCUCGACAUAUAAUUAUUAUUGGACAGUGAUUUUCAUAUGAUGUUAUUUCCGGUAUUAAAGUCAUCUCUUUUGAUGUAUUUUACAAAUAUGUGUUUUAAGUGAAAUAUCGACUAUUUUGGUGAAUCUUUUUACUUAUUAUAAAUUUAUUGACAAAUUUCGGGCAAAUUUUAAUAGCAUCAGAUAGUGUAGAACAUAUAUAAGAAGUUAUUAUUUUUGAAGAAAAAGAAAAAGUGAAAUAAGAAAAACAUUUUUAAUGAACUUUUAAGUCUGAGCUUUUUGUUUGAAAUUUAUAAAACGUAACUUUAAUUUAUGUUGUAAUGAAAUAAUUUUACAGGGAUUUUAGAAUGUAGAUAGUGUAGUAAACCCAUUUAAACUAUAUAAUUACAAGCACGUUGAUGCUGAUAACUACGUCAAUAAUAAAAUAUCUGAUUAUCAUAGAAGACCUUGACACGCGCUAUGUACCAAUUCUUAUUCCUUAUUGCGUCCUUAUUCUAUUAAAUUAACCUUCAGGAAUCACGUAGCGUUCGCUGAAUCUGUAUAUAUACUGGUCCUGUUGUAUACCUAAGACAAAACGGUCAAAGUUACCAGAUCUUCGUCUCCGUCUUUCUUUAAAGACCGGUUCACGUUCAAGCCCUUGCGGACGAACCUCUGUUCCAUCUUUGUAUUUUCUGUUUUGUUAAAUUAUAUGAGUUAUCAAAUAAAUUAAUUAGUUAUAUGUAUUUAUAAAUUGUGUUUUACUGUCCAUCUCAAUCCUCUACCACCAGUAGACGACGGUGAAGUCCGUCAUUAAAUAAAUCAUAUGAUGCUCUAGCUGAUGCUCUGAGCUCACUACAGUAGUUAUAUAAAUUAUCAAAAUAAUAAUGUAGGACAAUGUUUAGUUUUUUUAUUUUAUUUUUUUUUUGUUGUGCAGAUCGGAAAGCCAAUCGUUACUCACGGUAAAUUCUUGAAUUCCAUGGAAUUCAAUACGGUGCCUUCAAGCUCUGAAAUAAAUGACAUUAUAACCACAGUACUAGACGGGACCGAUUGCAUUUACCUGGAAGUAACAACGCGGGCUACGCACAAAGCCCACUGCAUUGAGUACGCGUCGACAGUAUGUCGACAAGGCGAAGCCGCCAUAUGGGAACAUCAGGUGUUUUCCGACCUAAACAACAAGGUAUACGCGAAUAAAAUUGCUAGCAAUGCAAUAAUAGAGAACACGAUUUUCUUUUUCUUAUACCGGUGACCUGUAUUGCCCAUAAUAAUAAAGGCCAAACCAAAAGUCGAUCCGGCACACGCGAUAUGCAUAGGAUGCGUGGAAGUGUCAUUAAAGUGUCAUGCGGCCGCGAUCAUAGUGAUCACCACGUCCGGACUGUCCGCCAAAAUCGUCGCCAGGUAUCGGCCCAGGUGUCCAGUACUGGCUAUAAUCAAAAACGGAAAGGCUGCCAGAAAGAUCACCGUGUGGCGCAAUCUUACGGCAGUGCACUAUAUAGGUAAAUCAAGUGAUUAUAUUAGUAAUCCUAUAUUUUUAGAUCAAUGGAUAAAAAUAUAAGCAAUAAAACAUGUCGUCAACAUAUAAAGAAAAUAUUUCGUUCUGCACAUGCGCAAAGUAUUGUUAUCAGGCUUAUCACAAACUUUAGAUAAAUAAAAUUAUAAACAGUGUUCAAAAAUAUAGAUAGAUAAUAGAACAGCAGAUAACACCUAAAAAAAAGAAAGGGACGCAUACGUAGUAGCUACAUACCCCCUUGAUAUAUUGGCCACCUAUCCGCAUACCUGCAUACCCAUUUUACAUGAGGUAUAGCUGUGGCUCUAUCCAUAGUAUAAUAUUGUGAUCUAAACCUAUAUUGAAUACACACAACAAAAACAGAAGCGAGGAAAUUAUGCAUACCUGGUAUAAAAUAUAUUAUAUAGCCUAGCUAAAUACGCCACUAGACUUGUUUUCGUAUGAAUAUAAAAUAACCAAAGUUAUAAGGUAAUGUAUAUUUAAAAUUAUUAAUCAGUUGUAUUAAUGAUGACAAUGCUAAAAUUACCAACAUUUUAACACCAAUUUUGUAAAUUUUUGCAGAACCAACAGAAACCAUUUGGGCGAAAGACGUUGAAAACCGUACAAAAUUCGCGAUGAACUUAGGGAAGAAAAGAGGAAUCCUUAAUCAAGGCGAUUUGGUAUUGCAUAUGAGCUGUUCCAAACAAAAUGCGGGUUUCACCAACACCAUGCGAUUGUUCUACGUUGGUGCCGAUGACUUGAUUGAAGAUCAAUGA